GACGGUCAGCCAGUAUGUGCUGGUCCCGCGGAGUAGUGAAUGUGAGGAGGCGGUAAACGUUUCGCGGCGCCGGUCGGUCUCCUGUUGCCUCGAUCGUUUUUGGACGACUCGCACUUUUGGUCCCAUGCGAGACCAGCCGUAGGCGAUUUGUCGAUCCCGCGCCACGUACGCACCUUCCUUCGGCUACGCAUCUGCGGACGCGAUCGCUCUGGAUAUCUGUCCGCUGGAAUAAGACCGGAAUUGCAGAUUCGCCGCGGAGAUUCGUACAAAAUUCUCGCGUGAAUGACCUCAUGGUCUGCCACGAUGUCGCCGGCACUGUUAUUGAAAUGUGUCCUGGCGACGUGGCUGUUCGUCGCAGUAGGAGCCAUCACCGUAUCAAUAGAUCGCGCUGAUGUUAAAGCUCCACCCACGCGAUCGUCGAUGAUCGCGAACGGAUGGCGGCCGCUGACCAACUCGUACGAGGAGACGAUCGGCACGAACGUGUCGCCGUCGAGCCACCUGGAGAAGAACGUGCAGGUGCACCCGGUGCUGAGCAAGUUCCAGGAGCACAUGGCGACAUCGGAGAAGCUGAAGCCGCCGCGCAAGGGCAAGCCGCCGAUACACGAAUACAGUCCGCCGAGCAUACUCGGCAGCUUCAGCGUGUUCGGCCAUGCGGCGACAAAGGCACGCGGCGAGACCAAAGCGCCGAUAAAGCACGUGGCCUCAGAGACGCGGGAGUACACCUUCCUGAUACCGCCGCCCAAGGACGCGUACCGCUUUGAGGUGAACCAACACCGCAAGCCGGUUCUGCGCGACAACACCAACUACCUGCGCCAACCGCAGCCGUAUGUCGCGGCGCAGCCGGCGGCCGGCGUCCACCAGCAGCACCUGGAGCCGGUGCGCGCCGGCACUUACUUCAUCAAAGGCUUCGCCACGAGCAAUCGUCCCUACGUGCCACCGUACGCGAUGCCGCAGGCGCUGCAGCCGCAGGCGCUGCAGCCGCCGCGCAGUCAACAAGCGAAGCCGUUCGAGUCGCUGAAGGUCGGCGGCAACGGGAAACCAUACUUCCAACCGCCCGUCGCGGACGUGCCCGGUGAAUUCGGCAACAAGCAGAAAGCCGGCAACGAUCGCGACGCCUACGACAACCGGUACCAGGUGGUGACGCACAACGCGCAGAUACUCAGCUCGGCGAGCAGCGGCAACUUCUACAGCCAAAUCAAUCACCCACCCAGCCACUUCAAGUCCACCUACGAGCGAGACCCCGCUUUCUUGGUGCACGAGAGCCACGAGGUGAGCUACGUCACGCCACCCGGCACGUACAACGGAUACAACUUCAGGCCGUCCUUGCCGUACGAGACCUUGCUGCCGCCGGCAGUCUACACGUCCUCCUCGACGUCGGCGCCCUCCACCACCGCGGUCACGCGGAAUCCCGGCCAGUACAGUCAGACGAGCGAGCCCACGACGCGGGAGCACGAUUUCAAACGCACGGAUCAGAGCACUAGGAACAAGCAGGACAAGACUGGCCACACCGAGCCGCCGAACUCACGCACCACCAGCACGUACUACGUGUCCGAGCAUCAGGAACUCACGCCACCGUCCACGUGGCCGAAGAACAAGUACACGUCGGAUAUCAACGAGGUCCUGCCACGGGAGAACCCGCCGACUAAAUUCAGCCAAGAGGUCGAUAACCAGAAUCAGAUCGUUUACCGCAGACCGCACAAUCCCUACGAGCCCGUCGAGGUUUACCCGCCGACGACCGUGAGCUAUGAGACACCGGAGAGUAUCUCGUUGAAGCACUUCAACGAGCAACAGUUCUUGCUGCAGCAACAGUUGCUGCAGCGCGAUCGGGAGAGGCUGGCGGAGCAAGAGCGCCAGCAGAAGCUGGAGAUCGAGAGACAGCAGCAGGAGGAGCUGAAGAAACGGCAGCAGGAACUGAAUCAGCUUUUCCAACAAGAGAAGGAAGAGGAAGAGGCGGCCAGGCUGGCUGCCGAAUCCGCGAAGAAUCAGUCGCAGGAGCUCGUCAAGAUCACGGGGGACAUGCCGUAUACGAUUCAAUUGGCGCAAUUUGAACCGCAGGUUACCACGGGCUCCAGCAUCCUGAUCUCGCAGUCCGGUGUCUACAACGUCGAGCCGCUGAGGGUUCAGUCUCAGGUUCCGGAGAAUCAAGUGAAUUAUCCAUAUCAGCAGCACUUCCAGAACGAGUACCAAGAGCAACAGGUCGACUAUCGCGAUCCUCAAACCGAGACCCGGCCAUAUCGUCCGCAGAAACCGUCACGUGACCCUCACCGUCGCAAAAAGCCAUUGACCGUCGCAUACGACAUCACGCCGACGGAACCGCCGAGCCAACCCGUGGACACCUCCGUGCCCUUGACCCUACACGCGGAGGAAGUGCCCGUUCAAACAACCGUAGCACCGGAAUCGCAAACUGUAUCGGCGGUGACGACGCAAAAACCCAGGGUCCGCCGGCCAGGAUCCUCGCACCGACGAAGGAAACCAUCGACGACCACGCAGGAACCCGUCACCGUGUCGCAUCAGGGGGAGGACUUCCUUAAAUAUAACCGAGGCGGCGAAGAAGUGCAAGCGAAUCACUACGACUCGACCCGAAGAAGGCGCAUCAAGCCGACUCAAGUGAGCUACACCGACGACGACACCGGCACAGACAAGAGAACCAAUUCCAGGAAACGACCCAGUCAUCGCACCAGAGUGAACCACCUGAGCGAGUCGUUCGACGCGGAAGCCGUCACCGAGAACGCGCACUCCUCGUUGUCCUCCCACGGACACGCCACGGAGGCGGUAACGGGCUACAACAACGAGAACAACCCGUUCGCGACCAACCAGCCGAGCGCCUCUUACGGCACAGGUCCGGCAGAGGAACAGUACAGUAUCACAAAUCAGCCGAUCAAUCAAUAUUACGACUACACGUCGCAGCUGAGCGAAGGAUACCGCGAGAACCACCACGAAGACACCACCGCGCCAAGUGGAGUCCAAGUGGAGUACUACGGCACGGAGCUCAGUCGCGAUAAAGCCGAAGACUACAACGUGGACUCGCGGCAGCAAAACCCGAGUAUCGUCACCAACAUACCGUUGGAGGAACUCUACGUGAGAACCGACGACGGCAAUUAUUACGACCGAGCGACCACAGUCGCGCCGACGACCACGACCACAACGACAGCGACGACGACGACGACGACCACCACCACCAGCACGACUACCACCACCCCGCAACCGACGACACAGAACGUGGUCUCCUCCACGCUGAGGUCCCACAAGACCCGUCCGUUGAGAUACGGCAACGCCACCCGACCGCGCUUCAGCAUCAAGGACUACAAGAGUCGCUUGGAUUACAAGACCAGGCUGCAGCUUCAGAGCUCGACAACAGAGCUCGCGCCGACGCCCGCCGCGGAGGCGUCCACCCGAGCUCCUUACACCAAGCACAGGACAUCGAGUGCGAGAAAUCAGCAGCAGACUCAGCAGCCCGCCACUGCCGCCGAGCCCGUGAGGGAGACCACCGGUAGAUACAAAUACGUCUCCAGGAUGAAUUAUCGAACCACCACGUCCGCCGCGCCUACGGCCGCCGCGAGGGAGCACGAGCAAUUCCCCGAGGAGGGCGCGUCUUCGACGACCGAGAAGAGCAACAGGUUCGUGCCGAAGCGACGGCCGAUCAGCAGCAACGUGUACCGCAGUAGGAUCGCCUCCACCACGAGCAGUCCCACGCGUUCUCAACUGAACAGCGGUGAGAGCAGCGUGCGGCAAAGCUCGGCGCGGCCCGAGAACGUGUACUCGUCUUCGAUACGGAGGCGGCCUGUUGCCAAGAGCCGACCGCAUCAUCCGCAUAAGGAGACGGUAGCAGCCGCGGCGGCCGGUUCCGCGGAGCGACGACGGCAACAGGAGUCUACGGAGAUGGCCGCUGAGGAAACCAGCUUCUACUCGGCCAUAAGCACGACGGCCGCGACGACCACUCACCUCGUGGGCAACGAGAUCGUCAGCGAGAAAGGGGAGGCUGUGGACGGCGAUCUGGUGAAACUCGGGGUGCAGGAGAACGAGGGUAAUCGACCUGAGACCAUCAUCAGCACCAGCGCUCCAAAAGACGAGAAGGGAGAGCAGGAGCUGGCGAGAGUGCAGUUGCCGGUCGAGACAAGCGGCGAUCGGUAUGGGGAAAGCCAAGUGCAACUGAAAGCGCCCGCCACCUCUGAUGACGACGGGGGCAAGGUGUCGCGAAAAGAAGUGGAAACGGAAUCCACGACCAAGUUCGACGUGAGCUCCGACGAGGAGGAGUUGUUCGCCAAGGCGUCGCAGAGCGUGGCGGAUCUGACGAGCUCCGCUUCCGCUCUUUACGACAAGCCCGGCAUGUUCAAAGCUGUCUCGCCGGAGAGCAGGGUCGUGCCGUCCGCGCACUUUAAGAUCACCACAGACGAGCCGACCUUGCCGAUCGAGGCGUUCUUUCAAGAGUUCACAAAGAAGAACUGACGGCCGGACUCUCUCGAGAAGGUCGGAGCGGAGCGAGAUCAUCUUUUAAUUGUCGGCGAACCGCGUGUGAUCGAUAAUCUCGGCCUGGACGCGCCACGUCCGGGAGAUUCCAAGUUUCUCCGACAGACUCGAGGGCUUCCUCGGUAAAGCGAUUAAGGCACGUCGGGGAGAUUCGACACUUGUCGCGCUAGAAUUUCCAGGAGAUCGUCUUUCCGCCGGAGCGGACGGAAAGUACAGAAAGCAAAAUCUUAUGUCGCUUUCCCCGAAACGCUAUCCGUUAAACGGUAUCCGUGCCGAUGACGUGGCCUUUCGGGCAACCAAGGAAGCUCACGUGUUAUGUGCAACGUGAUGGCUCACUUCCGCUCCUAAAUUAUUGUCAUCGCGUUGUCACGUCCGCCGUGCGAAAUCGAGAACGCCUCGGGACGCAGCGAGCACGUUUCCACGUACGCGGGUUCCGUCGUUUCAUGCGCGCACACAGAAAUACUCGAGAUACUUAGGGAGAAACGAUUCUUGACGAGCAGAUAUUAUACCAAAAAAGCAAAACCGGGAAAUGGAACACUCAAAAAAGUAUAAAUCUCGUCCUUAGCAGAAAUCCUUUCAUGUUAUGAUCUCAGGAGGAUUUUUCUGAAAUUAAAAGGAAAAUGCGCCAACAUCCAAAAACAGCUGCAAGGUGCUAUUUUCUGUAAUCCCAUAUUCUAAAGGGGAACUUUUGAAGAAUAUCCCUCUUCUAAUGAAAAGGAAUAAAAUAUUGUGCUUUAAAUAUUUUCUUCUUUUGUUUUUUUUUUGAGAAAAAUCCUCUUUGAACCAUAUAUAGAGGAGAAGAUUCCAUUAAGAAUGAGAUUAUAUUUUUCUGAGUGAACUAAAAAAAUAUAAUUUUUUUUUUAGAGAAAUUCUCUCAUAUAUGGCCUCAAGAGAGUUUUUUUGAAACUAAAUAGAAAAUGUUCUAAGUACAAUAUUUUUAACGUUAAAAGAAUUUCGCAUUUUAUUUAAAGCACAAGUCUUGUUGAUAAAAAGUUCUUCUAGCAAACGUAUACCGCUUCAAGUAAAUAUCCUUUUGAUUUGAAAGAACAGAAAUUAAAAGAAAUAUCUAGUAGAUUAUACACAUAUACAUAAUAAUUUGUUUCAUCAGAGGAAGGAUACUCUAUUAGCGAGAGUUUUUGCUUAAAACGCGAGAUUACAAGAAGUAACGCUUUGCAAUAAGAUACUUUUUUAAAUGUUAGAAUAUUUUUCUUGUAAUUUCAGAAGAGUCCCUUUUGAGGCCACAAUCCUCAGAGAAUUUCUCUGAGGGUGACAUUAUAUUUUUUUCUCGGGUGGAAACAUGUGAAGUCCGCGAAGAAGCGCCGCUGCCCGACCAAGCGGCUUCGGAGGAGAGAGCAGUCGAGCUUUUUCUCGCGCCAGCAAAAGGGAGCUCGGUAGGACAUCGCAGGAUGUGCAAUAUUCGCGAGAAAGCAUUCCGAUCUACUCGUAAUAUUCUUCGUGUACGUCUCUUUUGUACCUUUAUAAGCUAGAUUAAUCUCGCCAGAGGGAGAAGGGAGAAGCAGAGUAAGAGGAAGAUACCAAAAGCAAAUCUCGCGAAUUAUUUUAGCGGACGGUGUAAUGUAACAACAACAACAACAACAACGGAUUGUGAACUAACAAUUAGGAAGGUCUCGUUUAGUGUAAUUAUUGCGAAUCACACGCCAUCGUAUUUAUUUCAAAGCGUGCGACGUCAUUCUCUCGAAAUCAUUUCGCGCCUAAUCUGCCGCGUAGUUUCCGUAAUGUCGGAACUGCUUAACGCUAAGGAGAUAACGAAACACAGGCGAUGUACGUUCAUUGUUCUUACCGUUAUUUAUGUACUCAAUAUAAUCGUUUUGUACUGUAAAAUGUAAAUAAAUACAUCUCCAAAUAAAAAAGGAA